GUGACCGCGUAAAAAACCGGCUGGUAUAUUUGAACUGGGAAAGUGCGGUCACACAGCACAAAACUUUUGUCGUUCAAAGAAUCAAUUUGUCCAUUUGAAUAGAAAAGAUGUUCGUCGUACGUCGCAGCACCCGCCUCUACCCGGCUGGAGUCCAACUGGCCAAGAUGAGCGGCAGCCAGGUUGGCGAUCUGGGCAGUGGUGCCGGCAAGGGAGGCGGCGGUGGCGGUUCUAUCCGCGAGGCCGGUGGCGCCUUCGGUAAGCUGGAAGCUGCCCGCGAGGAGGAGUACUUCUACAAGAAGCAACGGGAGCAGCUGGAGCGUCUGAAGAAUGACCAGAUCCACCAGGCCGAGUUCCAUCACCAGCAGAUCAAGGAGCACGAGGAGGCCAUCCAGCGCCACAAGGAGUUCCUCGAGAACCUGCACAAGUGAGCUGUGUCUCCACGGAAGGAUGGAGGAGAGGUGUUAACUCGAGACAUUUACUUAAAUGCAUUUCACGCUCAAUUGUGUUUACCGUCUUACCCCAAGUG